CAGCAGCAAUGGGAGGCCAUACAGCACCCUAUGACAAAAUGGAACCCACCAGCAGUGUGAGGAGACCUGAAAGUGGCACAUGGCAGAGUGUGGCGAUGGAGACAGCAGCAAUGGGAGGCCGUACAGGGACCCAUGACACACUCUGGACCUGGCAGCAGCAUGAGGAGGCGGUACAGGGGCCCAUGACAGAUUACGGGCCUGGCAGCAGCAUGAGGAGUCGGCGGUACAGGGGCCCAUGGCAGAGUGGCGGAGCGUAAGCAGCUAAAAUUGAAGGCCAUACACAGGCCUAGGUUAAAAAGUCCCCCAGCAGCAGCGUGGGGAGACGGACUAUCAAGAGUCCAAUGGCAGAGUGGCGGAGCAGAAGCAGCUUCAAUUGAAGGCCAUACACAGGCCUAG